AUUUGUACCCUCCGCCAGCAUCGUCAUGUCCGUACGCCCAAAAAGUAGACUGUUGCCUAAUCUGUGCUAUAAACGGCGUCUGUUGUUAGUGGUUCUCGUUGCGGCUGCCUUAAUUUUCAGCAUAAUAUCCUCGACCUCAAGUUGGAGAAAAGUUCGGACAGAAAUUAAGGAUACUCCUGCGUCCACGAAACACAAUCAUGAAAAGCCUAUAGAGAAAACAGAACGGGAAAAAUUAGACUCAACGCCAGAGCAUGCGGAGGUGUUAAAGAUAGAACCUCAAGAGGAACCGGUGCCUACAAUUAUAGAGGAUAUUCUUUUGUCCAGCUCAAAACCUCCGCCAGGACGAACAAUAUUUUUUAUUGAGAGCAGCUGCCAUCGUUCAUAUACCCAGUACAAAAUGAGUAGAAUUAAGGCGCACCAGGCCUGUCCCAUUGAAUCUGCCGCUUUACAUAAUCCUAAUUUCCAAGUAUUUGUUCUGUUUGCCUGCCCCACCCACCUUAACAAAUCACUUCCCAUCAUUGAUGCCCUUCUAAGCUACAAAAGUGUGCACUUUCGGUCGCUUAAUCUGGAACACUAUGCACAGGAUACGCCCAUCGGGGAUUGGGUCAAGAAAGGUGAUCUAUUUACAUCAAGUUAUCUGAUGUAUCACCUUUCCGACCUACUUCGAUUAAUAACACUAUAUCGCUUUGGCGGCGUCUACCUGGACAUGGACGUCCUGCAGUUACGCAGCUUGGAGGAUGAGCCACUAAACUUUGCAGGUGCUGAGAGAUCAGAUAGCAUUGGCAAUAGUGUUAUAAGUUUGGAGCCCAACGGGUUUGGCCAUCAGCUUGGCGAAUUAUUUCUGCAGGACUUUCAGAAGAAUUAUGAGAGCGAUGCGUGGGCCCAUAAUGGCCCCAUGGGCUUAGUGCGCGUUUUGUCAGAGGUUUGCGGUACGAAAAAUGUUAGCCUCAUGGUGAAUAAUCGCGAUUGCUGUCACGGCUUCAGAGUGUUCGAUAUUAAAGCAUUUUACGAGGUGAGAUUUGACGAGUGCAAAAUGUUUUUCGAGCCGGAGAACGCAACUGAAACGCUGGCCCGCACUAAGGAUUCGCGAAUGGUGCAUACGUGGAAUCACAUAGUUAGAAGAUGGCCCCUUAAGAUUGAUUCAAAAUCCGCCUAUAUGCAGUGGGCGGUACAACAUUGUCCAAGGGUCGUUGCGGCCACUGGAGAAUUGUUCUAUUAAUCCCAUCUGGCUUACUCAUGUUUCAGUUGUGUUGUUUAUGAGGAUAUUGUUAAUGAUAUUAUUUUGAUAUAAGUCAGAAGUUAAAUAUACCUCUUGAUCGUCGAAAACUUUAAUACAUAAGUGCGUAUAUAUGUACAGUUGCAAUCGCCGCAUUAAUCAGCUGUUGGUUGUCUGCAACUGCAACUGCAGGUAAUUUAAAUCUACUGCGCUGCUACUAAUUCACUUAUCGAUAUCGAUAGUUGUACACAACUGGUAACAAUACCUUAAACUUUUGAAAAGAAUGCUUACAAAAAACCGACAAUUAAACUUAAGCGAAAAAAACAAUAACUAAAACAAUGGUUGAUAAUAUUUACAUUCAACAUAUGUUGUAUGAUUAGUGAUUCAAUGCAAUAUGUAAAUAAAUUUUUAUCGAUGGUUCCAUAGGGUUGAGAGGCAGCAUAAGAGCAGAUAUUGAGUACAACAGCGUGUUAACAGUUAACAGAGUUAUACCAUAAAUAUGUCAAAUAAUGAUUUAUACAAAUAUACUGAGGCCAAAACGUAACUUA